AUGGUUGUCGCUACAAUCAAGUGUGUCGUGGUGGGGGACGGUGCAGUCGGAAAGACCUGUCUGCUCAUCUCGUACACAACCAACAAGUUCCCUUCGGAAUAUGUUCCCACUGUCUUUGACAACUACGCCGUGACGGUGAUGAUCGGUGACGAACCUUAUACCCUUGGUCUCUUUGAUACCGCCGGUCAGGAAGAUUACGAUCGUCUGCGCCCGUUGUCCUACCCCCAGACCGACGUUUUCCUUGUCUGCUUCUCCGUGACUUCACCCGCCUCGUUUGAGAACGUCCGCGAAAAGUGGUUCCCUGAAGUUCAUCACCACUGCCCCGGUGUUCCCUGCCUUAUCGUUGGUACCCAGACCGAUUUGCGCGACGAUGCGAACGUGCGCGAGAAGCUUGCCCGCCAGAAGAUGCAACCCAUUCGUAAGGAGGAUGGUGACCGGAUGGCCAAGGAGCUUGGUGCUGUGAAAUAUGUCGAGUGUUCUGCUCUGACGCAGUACAAGUUAAAGGACGUCUUUGAUGAGGCUAUUGUUGCUGCUCUUGAGCCGGCCCCCAAGAAGAAAUCCAGGGGUUGCCGCCUGCUGUGA